AUGGUGAAAGAGCCGACCGAAGCGAUUUCCAAUACUUCCAUGCCCCGAUGGUAUCAAGAUUUGUCAAUUCCUCAGAUGGAGAACGUUUUUGCCCUCGGUGACAUCAUACGCGUCGAUCAUCUCGAAAAGGUCACUGGACGGACGCAACGUGCACUCGGCGAUAUCGGCGUAACGUCUACUUUUGUCAAAAUUUCUCCGCAGCAGAUUAAAAAAUUGAGACGCUCCACCGAUCUCGAUCCCGUGAAAUUUCUGUCCGAGAUUUAUCGCAUCGUAACAGGCGAAUAUUUUACAGACGAAAAUUACAAAAAAACGUACGAUUGCAACGAAAGGAUUAUUCUAUCGGCUAUAGCUUUCCUGCUACUGCCGGAAAUAGUCGUCGAAUUGCAUCGCCGGCUUCCUAUGGGCGUGGCUCCAAAAUUACCUCCAAAACCCGUGCGACCACCGCCCGUGGAACCCCGAGAAAAAGGGCACUCGCCGCUCGUCGAACCUCGAUCCACGAAGCCGGAGUGGAUAUACAAAAAGGAAUUAUUCCUUUGGAAAAAGAAGUGCGAGGAGUUGCCAAUUCCUCGGGUAAUUUUGCCCCCGUUCAUUCCCUAUUCGGAGCAAAGGAAUGCGGCGAUAGAUCAGUCGAUAGAAAAUAGUGACGAGGACGUCGAGCGCAACGAAGAUCAGCCGGAAGCUUAUCGCAGUGAAUUAACUGAUAAGGAAAAAGAUAAUGAGCCCGAAAAGGAGGUGAGUGAGAACGUUGAAUCUCGCGACGUGGUUGAACACUUGCCUGAACAAUUAGAAUCUCAACAGCGCCCGAAAAUCAGUGAACUCAACAGAGAAACUAGAGUUGAUAGCAAAAUUCGAAAACGGAGAAAAGUCUCUGGGAAAAAGUCAGGCCAACAUCGGGCCUCUCCCAUUUUGGGCAAAGAGAACAAGAAAUCGAUUAGAAAAAAAUCGAAAAAUGAAUUGUCCGCAGAGAGCGUAGAACCCGAAGAAGCCAAAGAAGAGUUGGCGCCGAGAAAGAGUAGAAAAACUCGUGCAAGUAACAGGCACAAAGAUUUGAAUGGGCGUCAUAGGAAAUCGAAAUCCCGGAAGUCAAAGAUAACCUCUCAGGCAAAAGCUAAAGAUGACGAUGUGAUUAUGGAAGAUAAUGAAAUCCAUGACGAUCGAAAGCAAAUGCAUUUCGAGAAGAGGCCUCUCCAAGAUGGCAAAGAAACGCAUCUGAUCGUCGCUGCUAUUUCCGAAAACAAAGAUUCGCCGGAGUUAUCAAUAACUCGAGAGACGAGUGGCAUCGCUUGCGUGACGCCUGAGAACAGCGACGAGGAUUUUUUCCAAGCCCUCAAUCUUGUUGAAUCAAAAAAAUCGUAUCCCCGCGGCAGGGAAAAUUUAUCGCGCAAUUGGCAAGAAUGGUUUCGGGAUGUUGACGAAGAAUUUAUGAAGGUUGAAAAGGAGGCUGACAAAAUAUUAAAAAGCGUAGAAUCUACUCUCAGACUCAUGGGACCGGAAACGAGCUGCGAUCCUUGUUGCAGCUGCAGACAAACUAGAAAAGCUAACGUCAAAUAUCAUAAGACGAAAACUCCUCAGAUGGUCAUUGAAUCGGUAGUCACUGAUGGAGAAAAAAAUAAAUACGUCGUUGGUUCAUUGGUGAUGAAUUCACCUGCACCGAGCCCUACCGAAUCGACAGAAAAUCUUACGCAAAUUAUUCCAUCAUACGAAAAAAUAGUAAAGAAUAAGAUUAUCAGUGGGGUGAUUAACGAGAAGGGAGAAAUGAAUUAUUACGUGAGCGGAGUGUCCAAGGAGACGGAGCACGUGCCAAGAAAGAUCGUGGACCAAUCGAUCGCUGGAAAAGCAGUAAAAAAUGUGCCACCGUGUGGCUGUGCGAUCGAAAAAAUGAUAAACGAGGGUAUUCUCGAGAUCACGAGCGACGAUAACAUUCCAUGGACCAAACAGGACCAAAUUUGCAUCGGGAGAAAAUACCGCCCGGAAGCCAGCGGUGCUACCUCUUGUCGAGAUUAUCCCAAUGAUAGAACCUGCCGAAGAAAUCCUUUUAAGAAAAUAGUUGACGAACAAAUACGAGCUAAACUUCGAGAGAGAGAAAAAUCUACUCGAGACGCUUGGCCUCCGGAAGAAAAAAGAAUGUACAGCAUGGCAGACUUCCAACCUUGCGGGGACGAAGAUGGAAUGGCUGUUUGCGGAGGUCCUUGGGGUGCUAUCAAUAUUCCGGAUGAAGAAGAACUCGCGCGCAGAGAAGCCGAAGCGAAACGUAUUCUCGAAAGUCCACCAUGCGGUGAUAAGCCAGGACGAGCGAUCUGCGGUGCACCGUUUGGAGCUCGUCAUCCGAUACCAAAAAAGCCAAAAAAAGAUGAAGAUGAGGAUGAUGAAGAGGAGGAUGAGGAAGACGCGGAAGAGAAGAAGAAAAAGCGGGUUCGGGCGCCACGACAGAGGGCUGCGGAGACGAAGGCGGAGGAGAAGCAGCUGAAUCGUGAUCCGGGUUGUUCUGCGGUGGUCGACAAAAGUGGCAGUGCCUUUGAAUCGAAAGACACACCUUCCGGCCCCGGGAACAGAAAAGAAAGUUCCCGUUUGGCUAAGACAGCCGGGCGACUUGGAAAGAGGAAAAAAUCUCCGGCAGAAAAGGACGAAGUGAGGGCCAACGCGAUGAGUAAAUCCAAGAGCACGACGCUGGAUUUGCGCUCGGAAGAAUUGCAGCCGGGCAGUCCUAAAGGGAGCAGCGAAUUGCUGCAAACGGACAGAACUCACGAUGACGAAAAAAGCCGAUUGCACGAGAUGAAGAGAUUGAAGAAAGAAUGGAAUCGCUCAAAAAUAAUGGCCAACAAAUUGAUCGCUUCGCCGGCCGUGCUUCCGGAGGAACAGCCCAGAAAAUGUCAGCGCGAAGGCGAACCAUCGAGUUGUUGCGGAGGCCGGCAAAUAUUUUCUAACCCUAAACCCGAAGACUCGCCUUCCCCCGGCGAAGGUCCUUUCGGUUGGCGAACGGAAUCGGAGCGAGCUUUACCAGCAGAAAAAACGUUAACGUACCUGGUGGAACCAGGAGCUCCGAUGGACCGAGUUCCCGUCCGGCCAGGAGGCAAACCAUGCGAGUGUCGUGAGAACAGAAACGCCAAAAAAGUGCUGCUCUACAACGUGAGUGGAGUAACGAGAAACGGAAAGAGCAAACGUGACGAAAUCAUUUCGCGAGUCAUCGACGGUCUCAUCUACAUAACUCCAGAGCCCAGUGCACGUAACAGUGAAGAAUACAUUCCUGAAUACGAACUUUACGAAUCACCCUACGAGCACUGCACGAGAGAUAGAAAAAAUGAAGAGUUCAAGUACAUCGAAAAAUAUCUCGGACCACCGAGUCUAAUGAAGAAACAAGAGAGGGGUCCUAAGCCGUGCGAGUGUUCGACGGGAAGAGAAAAAAUUGUUGAUUCCCAUCGCGUGGAACCGAGGCCCGCUCACGACGAGCCUGAAGAAGUGAGAAACGUGGCGGUUCCAAAAGAUACGAAAGCCGUAGAAAAAUCUGGAAAGUCGAGAAAAUCGUCGAAGCGAGAAGAAGAAGAAGUGAAAAGGACAGGAAAACGUGGAAAAUUGAAGAAAUCUUCGAAGCAAGAAGGGACGAAAGACGCUGCUGCAAAAGUCGGGCAGUCGAAGCAAGCGGAUACGAAGACCGACAUUAAAUCCGGAGAAGCGGCGAAGAAAAUGUCGGAUCGUGAAGACACGAAAUGGUCGAAAGCCUGCGAAGACGAAGGCCUCCUGGAAUUUUACACCCGCUGUCGUGACAACGUUCCUUGCUGGUUGAGGUGCGUCGAAUUCACCAAGUACGGUUGCUGCACGAUGCCAAAGAGGCUGCAAGUCAAGAGGCCAGUUUGCGAGUGCAAGUACGAGAGAAAAAUAGUAAAGCGAGACGAAGAGAGAAAAAAGUGGUUGAGUCGUCAAGAGAAGCUCAAGUCGUGCAAGAAACAAGCGUUCGGUGGAGUCGAAGGAAUCUCGAGGCCGAUGCUGACCGAAACGAACCUCAUUGUAUCGGAUGUUAAAGAGUUUCCUGGGCUGGGAGAAACCGAGGAUGACGCUCGAUACUGCAUCGAUGGCGUUAAAGAGGAUUUUGUCAUGGCACCCGGAGAGUGUGUCCUGUCCGGGAUAGGAAUGCACACACCGGCCACGACGCCGGAGCCGAGCAAACCUAAUUUACAGAUUCCCCGACGUAGCCCAACGACUUCUAAGCCCCAUCGUCAUUGGUCACCGACGACGCUCAGAGGCUCACAAGGAGUUUCGAGCACUGUAGAAACCUUGCAACUGAGACCGUCGUCCGAGCCAGGUUGGGGAGAGAAAGUUCGGGAUGGAAGAGAGGCGAGGGUCGAUGUUUUGUUUCAGAAUGAUCAGGUCGAUAAAGAUCCUGCAGAGUUGAACGAAUUUCGUGCUCGAUCCGACGCGAAUGAGAGAAUCAGUAGAUCGAAUGGAAAACGCAAAUCUGCUAAUCGCAGAGAAGCGAAAAGAGAAACAGGCAAAGGUCAGCCCCAUCGGAAAAGCAGAAAAUCCACGAGGAGCAGCAACACGAAGAAACUGGAGCCCGAGAAAAGUUUAAAUCGAAAUGACCCUGGCAGAGAUCAAGGUCACGGAGACGAUGACAGAAAAAGCAAAGAUCUUACUCGUCGCGGUAAGGACAAAGGUGUUGAUUUCAAAAAACCACAUUCCACAGAUCCAGUGGAAGAACAGUCCCCUUACAAAUCAAUGGGAGCCAGCAGCACCCCAUUGAAUAAAAGUCUAUCCGAAAGCGAUCGCGGACAGAACAUCGGAGACAAUGUUACCAAAUCGACUGGAAAGACUUCACCAGAAAACGUCGAUCAUAAAUCCGUUGAUCACAUAAGUGCUGAUCAUCCAUCGAAGAAAGCAGUAGGAGGUGAUCUCAAACGGCUACUGCAGGCCGAACUCGAAAAAAUGGCCAAAGAAGGUUUCCUCUUCGCGAAGUUACCAGCUUGUCAUUUGAUGCCGCAGUUGCAAUACUGGAUCAUGUACAGGAAAGGAUUCGGUUGUUGUGCGGACGAAAGAAAAAAUCUGAUGGAACACAGCCUCAAGGUAUGGGAAUCGGUACAAAAGCCAAAAAAAAUGAAAGCUCCUGAGCUCAGUAUCCUGAAAAAGGGCCCGAAGAAAUUGACUUACGACCAAGCUGCUGUGGUCAAACGAGAAGCUCAAAUGAAAAUUGCACAGUUCUACAGUCAGCUUCGCAAGGCACGAGUUCUCCAUUCCCGCACACUGUGGAGUUUAAUGGAAUUUGGAAAAUUCCCUGGGACUGGAUUCAAAAAAGCAUUCUUUACGUAUCAGCCCAGCAAAGAGUCAGACGGAUUCGUAUUCCGACCAUGGACCAAUUCGGAAGAAGCUGAAAGCUCGGAGGCUGGUGCUUGAAUACACGUCGUGUGAAAAUUCCCCUUAAUCAAUUUGAUGUCCAUAAUCCUCGUUUUUUGUAAUGAAUUAUUAUACGGCGAUUUGUACUUUAACAACCAACGUUACAUUUCCGAUUCAGCAGUAAAGUCCCAAGAUUUCAAGAUA